AUGGUCUUUUUACAUGAUCCCGUAGAAAAGGUGCCUCUUUCUUUGACCGGUGCUUCAAUAGGAUUUCACUCGGCCCAUUUGUCACCUCAACUCAGUAACAUGAAUCCCGCAGUCUCUUCAUCCUGCCCUGGCAUCGUCUCAGGUACCCACCAAGCCCCAACCUCAGGCAUUGACCUUUACCCCGGCCAGACCUUAGACGUCUCUAUCCACCACGAAAUGAAGGAGCUCGGGAUUCAUACACUUGCCUGUGAAGUCAGCUGCAUACGUCAUCCACCCGCACUCGUUACCUCUCAAUCAUGGCAACAUCAGGAGCCAGGUCCGACACCUCAGCCACUUGUAUCCACAGCAACAGACUCUUCAGACCAUGGAAACGCUUCUCCUUGUCCCCAGCAGCAACAUAUCUUCAUUCAGCCGGGUGAGUCUUUAUGA